CCUAGCACCACAGCCGAGUUGGGGCGGGAGACCCGCCGCCUCUCGCCGGCAGCCAGCGCGAGCGCGCGCGCACAGACCCGACUGCCAGCGGCUCAGCAGCUACUGGGGAAAUUACCUUGAAAAAGAAUCCUGGAUGCACAAGACUAAAGUUAAAGCGGAAGUGAGAACGGGAAAGCGAAAGCAGACUCUUACAGCUGAAAACGCGCGCUUUGCAGCCUGAGAUUUUAAGUUGAUGAUGAUCAGAGCCGUUCCUAGAGGAGAUUCAAAACUCCCCUGCACGCUCUGGAGCUGUGACAUUCAUUCCCAGCAGGCGCGCAGAUGUCGCCUCAGACCUUCCAGACGGUGAAGCUCCCCGACCCGGCAGCUUAAGCGAAUCCGGGGGGACGCGAGUCCCCUGGCGGCGGGAUGAACGCCACCCACCCGCUCGGGAUGCACACUUCUCUGCACUUCUGGAACCGCAGCAGCCUUGGACCGUACCGCAACGCCAGUGAGUCCCUGGGAAAGGGCUACUCUGAUGGAGGGUGCUACGAGCAACUUUUUGUGUCUCCUGAGGUCUUUGUGACCCUGGGGGUCAUUAGUUUGCUGGAGAAUAUCCUAGUGAUUGUGGCAAUCGCCAAGAAUAAGAACCUGCAUUCGCCCAUGUACUUUUUCAUCUGUAGCCUGGCUGUGGCUGAUAUGCUGGUGAGCGUUUCGAACGGAUCAGAAACCAUUGUCAUCACCCUGUUAAACAGUACAAACACUGACGCUCAGAGUUUCACGGUGAAUAUUGAUAAUGUCAUUGACUCGGUGAUCUGUAGCUCCUUGCUUGCGUCCAUUUGCAGCCUGCUUUCCAUCGCAGUGGACAGGUACUUUACUAUCUUUUACGCUCUCCAGUACCAUAACAUCAUGACGGUUAAGCGGGUUGGCAUCAUCAUAAGUUGCAUCUGGGCAGCUUGCACCGUUUCGGGCGUUCUGUUCAUCGUUUACUCAGACAGCAGCGCUGUCAUCAUCUGCCUCAUCACCAUGUUCCUCACCAUGCUGGCUCUCAUGGCUUCUCUCUAUGUGCACAUGUUCCUGAUGGCCAGGCUGCACAUGAAGAGGAUCGCCGUCCUCCCGGGCACGGGCACUGUCCGCCAAGGUGCCAACAUGAAGGGAGCGAUCACCCUGACCAUACUGAUCGGCGUCUUUGUGGUCUGCUGGGCCCCUUUCUUCCUGCACCUCAUCUUCUACAUCUCCUGUCCCCAGAACCCAUACUGUGUGUGCUUCAUGUCGCACUUCAACUUGUAUCUCAUCCUGAUCAUGUGUAAUUCCGUCAUCGAUCCUCUGAUCUAUGCACUCCGGAGUCAAGAACUGAGGAAAACCUUCAAAGAGAUCAUCUGUUGCUACCCCCUUUGUGACCUGUCCAGCAGGUAUUAAGUGGGGCUGGAGGAGAGACUAAAAAUGUGCAUCAGAGACUUAUCUAUUCUCACCCAACACCGACAGUGUAUUUCAGCAGCAGCUUUCUCUUCUGUGUGGGGCAUGGGUUGAAAAUAUCCACUGUGUAAAUUUAAGUUUAUGAUUUUUAAAAAAGAAGAAUGCACACUCUCUGUAUUAUCUUUAAUGGCAUGCUACCUUCUGGCUGUAAAAUGGUAAUCCAUGUUAUAGAUUAUAGGCGCUGUGAAUUUGCAAAAAAAAGA